UGCGUUUUUAAGAACCCAAUUGUAUUGUUUUUCGCGUAAUAUUUGCCGUAUUGGAGUGCCGCGUUAAAUUCAUUUAUUUAUUGCUGAUUAGUUUGCUGCGCCAAAAACAUCAUAGUAGCUGAUGAUAUUAAAACGAAACAUAGUAGCCUAUCGUUUACGUGUAAAACUUAAGUGUGAGGAAUAUAAUUAUUUGCAGCGAUGGUCGAUCUCGAAAUGGUGGCUGCGCCAGCAGAGACUGCUGCAAUGGACAGCAGCACUGGACUCUGCCGCCUAUGUUUGCGUCACGAUAAAACAAUUGUGAAUAUAUUUGAGGAAGCACCAAAACCAAGCGAAGAAAAUACAACUGAGCCUGAAACGGCUACGAAAAAACCAAAUAUGGUUGAGCGCCUAUUUGAUUUGUUGGGCGUCAAGUUUCAACAUUCGACGGCCUUGCCGAGCAACAUCUGUCAGCGUUGUUUUGCAAUGAUAGAGGCGUUCACCGAUUUUCGUGAAAAUGUGCAGAGAUGUGAGACUGAGUUGCAGCGUUGGCUGGAACAAAACUACAAAAAGACAACAAAUGAGUUUGAACAGCGUCCGGGCCUCAAUGGGAAUCCUGGCAAUUUUCAACCCGAAGACGAUUGCGUAAUCACCGAAAUUGAUCCCAAUCAGGAUUAUGAAAGUUCCGAAGAUGAAUUUUCUAUGGAAUCUGAUUCGGAAACUGAAGAGCACUCACCUGCAACAACACAUUUGGCGCAAACUACACUUAAUACAGCGUCGAAUACAACACAACAUGAUUUUAAUAAUGCAACAGUCAAGUCAAUGGGCGCUGAUAUACACAAUGCUGAUAAUUCACAGAAUGCGAUGGAUGCAUCCUCAUCAUUUGCUGCGCUACCAGGCGGCGAUUCCUUUAUUGGUGGAGAGGUAGUGAUCAAGAAUACAUAUCUUUGUCAGUAUUGCGACAUGGCAUUUACAACGCAGCCAGAAUGCCAGGAACACGAAUCACAACAUGACAGCGCAGCGCCAUAUGUCUGCAGUUUCUGCUCUCAACGCACAUCCAGUCGUCAAAAUUUAAUUUAUCACAUCAAAGAAUUGCACGAUCCAGAACGACCGUAUGUUUGCGCUAUCUGCAAAAAGGGUUUCUGUCGACGCUCCGAUCUGAAGAAGCAUACAAUUGUGCACACCGGUGUGCGACCAUUCUCAUGUCCAGUAUGUGCUAAGAGUUUCUCGCGCAACACCAAUUUGACGAAGCACAUACGCAUACAUAGCAGCGUAAAGCCACAUGUAUGCACGCGUUGUCCACGUUCAUUCUCCAGCGCACCGGAAUUGAUGCGUCACAUACGUUCGCACACCAAUUCGAAACCAUUCCAAUGCAGUCGUUGUCCAAGCGCUUUUGCGCGUAAAGAUAAAUUACAUCUGCAUGAGCAGACGCAUUACCGGCGUGAUGCCGAAUUUUUAAACAAUCAAAAUAACGGUAGUGGUCUGAAGCCUGAGGAUGGUAACAGUAUGGGACAGACAGAAAACUUAGUAGUGUCACUCAAUCCGUAUGGUGAAGCCGACUCAGCGCAAUCACACGCGAAUAUGUCAUCGCCACAGGAUCAGUAUCGUCAGCAUGGCAUAUUAGCAGCGCAAUUGCAGCAAAGACCGCCGUUAUCGAAGCCACCGCCGCACAAGUCUUCACAUUCACGCUCCUUCAACUGCACAAUUUGCCAAAAGACAUUUACACGCGAACGCGAUUUGCAACGUCACCAGGCGCUACAUCUGGACACGCUAUUCACAUGCCAACAAUGUGGCACCGCUUUCAAUAGACGCGAAAAACUCGCACGCCACGAGCUGGAAUUUCAUGCGCCACAAUAUCCCUGUGACGUUUGUCGCAUGCAAUUCAACAAACACGAUGAAUAUGAGAGACACAUGAAAAUGCAUGAAUUGCAACAAACUGCUGCUAUAGCCACUCAGACAGCCAUAAGUGCCUCUACGGGUGUGCCUAGCGCGCCCUCAAGCAACAUUUUGGUUUUAGCUGGCGGUCCCAACACAGCCGGCGCCAUUAAUUUAGUGACAACUGCAGCUUGUAGCCCCGCCGCUGCUGGCACGCAUACCAGCGUUACUGCACCGAAAGACAUGUCAGCCACGCAGCAACGUCCAACCGCUGCCGAUAUGUCGUUUUACAGUCAACUGGUGCCUACCAUGAAUCUGGGCUUCUACAGCGAAACACGUCCGGAAGAUCGCAAUGGCAUAUAGGCAUGUGACACACAACGCAUUUACUAGCAUAUUAUACUUAUUUAACUUCGUCGUCAGCACGUUAAGCUGUUAAAACGUAAUCAUUAGAAUUAAUUGCGCGGAUAUUAUCAUAAAAUCUACAUUUAAUUUAUA